AUGCGGCUUGUUCAGCCAAGGUACCGAGCGAUACCUUACAAACAGAUCGGAUUAGGAACAACGGAUAGGAGUCGCUCAUCUGGAAAACACCGUUUUAGGGAAGACUCACGCGAUCGCAUUAAAUCAUGGCAGGAAACUCGCUAUGAAGGGACUCUGGUUGUUGGUUUACCGAAGUUUGAUUUGGACACUUACAUCUCAGGCUAUGCUGGGCGUACACGGAUCGACCGACUCAUCCAUAUUUCUACCCACUCACCUCCUCUGGCGAUCGAGGGACUGAAGUUGGCUAUCAAAUUGUUGAAGCAAACCCAGGAUGUUCCCCGGUUCAAAUUCGCUUUAGAUAUCCUCCGUAAACUCUCUCCAGAGGACGCAGAUGCGGCUCAGGACGAUGCUUGGAUUGAGAAGACUUCUAGGAAGGUUGUCGGUGAUACAGAGAGAAUCGAGGCUGAUCUGAAGAGCUACAAACAUAAUCUGAUCAAGGAGAGUAUUCGGAUUGGCCACGAAGAUCUUGGCAAUCAUCUAUACGCAUCUGGUGAUCUCGUCGGUGCCUUUAAGUGCUACUCUCGCAUGCGCGACUUCUGCACCACACCGAAACACAUUGUUGAUAUGUCCAUACAAGCCAUCAAGGUUUGCAUCGAACAAGGGCACUAUUUAACAGUGCAAUCGCACGUCCUCAAGAUACGCAAUUUAGCUCGGGCGCCCGAUGAAGAGGAACUUUUGAGGCCUAAGCUCUGUGUCGUUACGGGGCUUACACAACUAGCAAAUGGUGACUUCAGAGCGGCGGCCAGGAGCUUUCUGGAUUGCCCACCAACCCUGCUCAACACUUACAAUGAAGUCAUCACCGCGAAUGAUGUAGCAACCUACGGCGGACUUUGUGCUUUGGCCUCUAUGGAGAGAACGCAACUCAAGACUGAAGUUCUUGAUAACGUUGAGUUCCGUAACUUCCUCGAGUUGGAGCCACGUAUGAGGAAGGCUAUUUCUUUUUUCCAUACCGCAAAGUACUCCAACUGUUUGAGCAUUUUGGAGGACUCUAAAAACGAUUUUCUCCUUGAUAUCCAUCUCCACAAACAUACUAACAGGCUAUUCGAGUUGAUCAGGAGUAAGGGAAUAGUCCAAUACUUCAUACCAUUUUCAUGUGUGACUUUAGGCAGCAUGGCUCAAGCUUUCGCCACGGAUGAACGGACUUUGGAGAAGGAACUUGUUAUGAUGAUUGGCAAAGGAGCCUUGGACGCUAGAAUCGAUACAAAGAAUAGACUCCUUACUGCCAAAGAGACGAAUCUUCGUGCAGCCGUCCAUCGUGAGACCUUGGCAGUUGCCCAGAACUAUGAGCGCCUUGCCAGGAUGAAACUCAUGAGAAUGAACAUGAUCAGGUCUGGGCUAGAAGUAAGGGGAUCAAAGGCAUCUACUGGUCAAGUUAAUAUGGGAAUUGCCCAUGGACAAAAUUCUUCGUGGACUGGUAACUCCCAAAAGGCGGAGAGGAAUUGGAGGGAGUUUAUGUGAGACUGUCAGGCUCUAUAUAGUGUUAGCCCUGAAAAAAUCCUUCUCUUUAUAAACUAUCAUGCCGGCUAGUUUGAACCAUUUGUCGUAGUUGUGGCGUCUCAUUACGGAGUUCUUUUCACACUAUUCUUUCCUAUCAUCAUACCGUAGGGUGUUUUUAUGUUGUUGAUAAUACAACUAGUUGUCCGUGAGAAACGUUGAAUUGUUG